CUCCCCUCGCCGCCAUUUCAAAUCAAAUCCAAUCCACCUCUCCACUCCACCGCCGCCGUCCACUCACUCCGGAUCUCCGACGCGCGCCGCCCGCUCCCCCGCCCCAUGUCCUCCGCCUCCUCUCGCUUCGACCUCCGGGCCUCGUCGCACCCGCACCAGCACGCCGGCGGCGGAGGAGGAGGCAUGAGUGACAGCGCCGGUGGAGCGGCGGCGGCGGCGGCGUUCGCGGACGCGGGGAACCUCGAGCACUGCGCUAGGUACCUCAACCAGACGCUAGUCACCUUCGGCUUCCCGGCCUCGCUCGACCUCUUCGCCACCGACCCCGUAUCGAUUGCAAGAACGUGCAACUGCAUCUAUGCUCUUCUUCAGCAACGGCAGCGUGACAUUGAGUUCCGGGAGUCUACCAAUGACCUGCGGCAGCGUAUGCAGUCUGAUAUUUCUAGACUAGAAGCUAAGAUUGAAAGAAUGGAUGCUCAAUUAGCUGCAAAAGAUCGAGAGCUGGCCACAUUGACUAGAACGGAGGCCAAAAACACUGCAACUUUGAAGGCUCAGAUUGAUAAGCUGCAACAGGAACGCGAUGAAUUUCAAAAAAUGGUUAUAGGGAACCAGCAAGUACGUACCCAGCAAAUUCAUGAAAUGAAGAAGAAAGAGAAAGAGUACAUCAAAUUGCAGGAGAAGCUAAACCAGGUAUUGAUGGAGAAGAAAAAGGAAUCAUCACGUUCAGGAAUGGAAAUAAUGAACUUGUUGCAGAAAGAAGGUCGGCAGCGUGGAACUUGGAACGGAAAAAAGAAUGACAAUGAUUAUUACAAAAUGAUUGUUGAUGCAUAUGAGGUGAAGAAGCAAGAGCUGAUGCAAGAAAAUGCUGAUCUGCGAGCCCUAUUGCGUUCAAUGCAGAUGGACAUGCGUGAGUUCCUGAAUGCUCCAAACGGAGUUUCACAGCCAGCUGUUGCGGGCAAUGGACGACAAGAGGCAGGAUCUCCUCAGUCCCCACUUGGUGGCAAGACGGAUGUCUUUGACUUGCCCUUUCACAUGGCUCGAGACCAGAUAGAAGAGAGUUUACGCACUAAAAUGGCUUCAAUAAAGGCCCGAAUGACACAACUUCAAGAUGCCCAAAAAGGUGCCGAAGUGACAUCAGAAGCUACUGAGCGGGAGCUUGAGCUUGAAGCUCAACUGGUUGAAGCUAGAAGCAUUAUUCAGGAGCAGGCGUCCCUCAUGUCCAAGCAUUUCACAAAGUCCGAUAAACCAAGGAGGCUAAGUGGCUUGGAUGCUGAGCGUGAGGCGGUUCAUUCUGCGGCUGCAGAGGUGUAGUAUAUGUUCGUGUCAACCUCCAGCUAUCCAAGGCAUGCCAUGAUGUCAACCCGUCAUCGAUGUCUCUUGUAGUCUUGUGUUUAGUAAUUACCAAAGUCUCUAGCCCAUGAUAAGUCUCAUCUUGCCAUGGUAGCCUGACUGUAGGCGCUUUCUGUGUAGUAUUAUGUGCAGGAGCAUCUCCUCCGCUGUCGCUAACUGCCUGCCUCUGACAGUUACAUGUAUCGCAUCUGUACUGUAGGUAGAACAGAACGAUGUAGCUCUAUCAUGUCAUAAGAAAUAGGCAUAUCGACCUUACAGAAGUACUGGUUCCUUUCAAA